AGUUUCUUGGAUUAAUAAUUUUGAUGGGACCAAAAAGAAAGUCACACUGGAAAAAAUAUUGGUCGACUGAUCCCUUACUCGAAAUACCAAAGAUUAUGACAAGAAGAAGGUUUGAACAAAGAUUAUGACAAGAAGAAGGUUUGAACAAAUAAUGACAUUUUUUCACUUUAAAGAUAACUUGGAAACUCCACUUCCUGUAGACAGAAUUUCAAAAGCUAAACCUCUUUUGGAUUAUUUUCUACCAAAAUUUCAAUUGAUCUAUAUACCCAAACAAGAGCUAUCACUUGAGGAGGCUAUGAUAAAGUGGAGAGGACGACUCAGAUUCAAAACCUAUAAUCCCGGAAAACUUACAAAAUAUGGAAUUUUGGUCAGGAUGGUUAGAGAAAGUGAAACUGGAUACAUAUGCAACCUUGAGAUUUACAUCGUUGAAGGAAAGAAACUGCAAGAAACAAUAUUAUUGGUCCUACAACCUUAUCUUGGUUCAUGGCACCAUAUUUACCAAGACAAUUAUUACAACAGUGUGUCCACAUCUGAAAUAUUGCUGAAAAAUAAAACCAGAGUUUGUGGGACUAUAAGAGAGAAUCAUGGUCUACCAAACCAAUUAAAGUUGAAAUCUAAAAAUCUACAGAGGGGAGAAAUGACAUUCUUACAGAAGGGAGAAAUGAUUCUUCUUAUAUGGAAAGACAAGAGGCUAGUCUGCAUGGUGGCAACUAUUCAUGAUGCCUCCAUAGCACCUACAGGAAAGGAAGACAGGAGGACUGGCCAUCAGAACACUAAGCCCACUUGUACACUGGAGUAUAAUGAAUAUGUGAAAGGAGUUAAUCGAUCCGAUCAAUAUCUGGCAAACCUCAAAAUCCUUUGGAAAAUUCGAAAAUGGUAUAAGAAAGUGGGUUUCUAUUUGAGUAACUGCAGUUUAUUCAAUGCUUUUAAAAUUUAUUGUAGCCUCAAGGCACAGAAUAAAAUGACUUACAAGCAAUUUUUGUUAGCCGUAGCUAGAGAAUGGUCAGUAGGGUAACUGACCAUUCUGGUGAAUGUAGUGGUAGUCCCACCCUGGUCCCUCUUGUGGCAUUUCUACAAGAGCCCCCUGCAGAGAUCCACCUUGUCGACUGUCAGUUAAAUAAAGGAAGAUAUUUUAGAGGAAAUGUCCCACAGGACUAAAAAAAAAAAAAAAUGCUGUCAGAAAGUGUAGAGUCUGCUUUUCCAGGGGAAAGCGCAGUGAAACACAGUGUAUUUGUAAUAGAUCUUCUGUUCCCCUGCACAGAGGUACCUACUAUAUCGCCUAUCACACUCUAACAAAAUAUGAGAAUCCUUUAGUAAGACAUGUACAAAGUUUCAAAUAAAUACAUUAAGUGCAAAAAAAGUUGUUGAAUCGGAUGAAUGGAUAAAGAAGAUGUGGCACAUAUAUACAAUGGAAUAUUACUCAGCCAUAAAAAGAAACGAAAUUGAGCUAUUUGUAAUGAGGUGGAUAGACCUAGAGUCUGUCAUACAGAGGGAAGUAAGUCAGAAAGAGAAAGACAAAUACCGUACACUAACACAUAUAUAUGGAAUUUAAGAAAAAAAAAUGUCAUGAAGAACCCAGGGUUUUUCAGAACCCUUCAAGCAUAUUUUAAAGGAAGAGGUCUUGAUCUUGGAACGUUUUCAAAUAUUUCCUCCAUGAACAAGAAUCCCAGACCUCUUUCCUUCCAAUCAGAACUUAUUGCUUCUGCAUUUGCAGAUUAUGAAGAACAGAAAAACUCCUUCCCCAAUUACCUCAAAGUCUGAAUGUUUCUUCUGAGUGCAGGUAAAACUCAUCCCUUUAUUUCCAGCAUCUAUCUAAACAUACAACUCAGUCAUAAAGUCAUAAAGAGGUUUUAAAAAAAAAAGUUGUUGAUAUUUACUCAAAUGUGGGUGUUUCAAUAUUCACUUACACAACAAAUCACCAGACGCAAGCAUCAGUAUCUGCAAAAAUCCCCCAGUCAGUAAUGUGUUAAUAUUGUUAAGAUGUUAUUGCUACCCAAAGUGAUCUACAGAUUCAGUGCAAUCUUUGCAGAAAUAAAAAAAAAACCCAUCCUAAAAUUCAUAUGGAAUCUCAAGGGAUGACAAAUAGCCAAAACUACCUUGAAAAAGAACAAAGCUGAUGGACUCCCACUUCCUGAUUUUAAAACUUACCACAAAGCUACAGCAGUCAAAACUGUGUUACUGGCAUAAAGACAGACAUAUAGACCAAAGGAAUAGAACACAGAGACCAGAAAUAGACUUUUGCUUACAUGAUCAAGUGAUUUUUGAUAAGUGUGCCAAGACCAUUCAAUGGAAAAAGGACAGUCUUUUCAACAAAUGAUGCUGGAAUAACUGGACAUUCACAUACCAAAGAAUGAAGUUGGACCCUUAUCUAACAGCAUAUAUAUAAAGUAACUCAAAUUUAUCAAAGCCUUAAAUCUAAGACCCAAAACUCUAAAACUCAUAGAAGAAAACAGGGGAAAAAUUUUGCAACAUUUUCUUAAA